AUGUCAGCUACUACUCGAACCAAUACGACAGGAAUUGCGUCCUCUUCAGCCCUGGGUAGAAACGCCAACUUCACCCCAUCACUAUGGGAUACUGCAAAUGAUGAGCUUGAUCCCAAGAUACAGGAAAUACUUGCGACCGUCAACAAAGACAACGGCAGUGUAAUUGAUGCAGUGUUGGAAGAAGCCGUUACCCAACAGAAGUCACUGGCUACAAAGAGAUGGAAGGCGACAAUUGGUGGGAAAGAAGUCAUAUUGCGUGAUGUUUUCGCAAAGAUUAUCCGGUGGAUAGAUCAUUUUAAAGCCGUCGGUGACAUCGCUGUGCAGUUUGAUUCAGGUGCAGCUAGUUUACCCUGGGCGGCUGUUCGGUUUUUACUGCAAAUUGCCAUGAAUGACAAGCAGUAUCUGGAAGCUACAAUCGAGGGAAUCGAAAUUGUCACACAGAACAUCGCUACAUAUGCUGCGGUAGAAACGCUAUAUGUGGAAUCAGACUUCCAGUUACAUGAUCAGAUUCGAAGCAAAGUUCUUGGACUGUACGUUCACAUUCUCAGCUUCCUCGGGGAGAGCAUACAAUAUUUUCGACACACAACGGCCAGACGCACAGCAAAAGGCGCGUUCUCGACUUCGCAGGGCGAAAGGCUCAAGCAGAUAGCCAAGCAUGACACCGAAAUUCGACAACUAGCCAAAAUGUGCGACUCACACGUCCAGCAACUGAUACGGAAGGACAUCAUACGAAUCGAUGAGAACGUGAUGACUUCGCUCAGAGCACAGUCUUUCCUUGAGUUCAUUGCAUGGCUUUCAAUGACGCCAUACAGAGAGCACCACACUCGUCACUCCAAAAAACGGUUACCCGGUACCACACAAUGGCUUACAAGCGAUUCGCGUUAUGUCGACUGGAGGAGCAGUGUAUCUUCAUCGCUUCUGUGGCUCCGCGGCAUUCUGGGCUCUGGGAAAUCAAGUUUAGUCUCUGCAGUUAUUGAUGAUCUACUACAGGUUAGUAAUGCGCAAACACCUGUUUUGUAUUACUAUUGCGGUGAUGCCAAGGGACACGGCUGCAAAUGUGAUGCGAAGGACGUGAUGCGGAGUCUUCUAAGGCAACUCACUGUCAAGAACGAAGACACUUUUGAGAUAGUUGAGCAAGUUCAUCUGGAGUUCAAGCGGAGAGAGGCAAGGGGAAAAGUUGGCAUGGGAAAUGUGAACAAACUCGAACCACAUGAAUGCACAAAAUGGAUAGCCGAACUCCUACAAAACGAUCACGCAGUCAUCGUAAUUGAUGCUAUCGACGAGAUUGACAUCAUAGACAGACAUCUUCUUCUCAAAGAGCUGAUAACGCUUCGAGAUGAUUCAGCCCUUGUGGUGAAGAUGCUGCUUUCCAGCAGAGACGACACCAACCUUUCGCAGUGGUUGAAAGGAGCAACGGAACUGCGUUUACAAGCAUCGCUUACUCAAGCUGACAUGAAACGUUUCAUUGGACAUUGCGUCUCGACGGCGAUCGAUAACAAACAUCUUCUUGAUGGUGUGAUAGAUUCUGCCUUUCGAUCAGAACUAGAGUCUUAUUUUCUCGACCGAGCCGAUGGGAUGUAA